CUUCUCUUCCCUUCCGUAUGGAUAAAAGACGGGUUCCUUCUUUUCCCUUCCAAGAUGGUGAUUGCAGUCUUUCAUCCAGAAACCCUCCUUCCGUAGAUAAAGGCCAUUCAACCCUACCCCUUUAUUCCCGAGCUUUUGAAUGUUAUUUUGUCAUCAUUGCUGCUGUCAUCGUCUUCGUGCUCAUCUCCCUUUGACUGUCAUCUCUGUCAUCUGCCACAUCUCGAGGAUAUCUACGAAUAUGAAAAAGGAAGCCAUGACUUGAACUUCCCCCUCAGCGUCACGGGGAGAGAGAGAUAGAGGGUGUCAUCCUUUUCUUGUUUUCAUCUUCUUUUGAAUGACAUAUCUGAUCACUGAGAUCUAGAGAGAGAGAUCCACGAAAGAUGGACAAAAGCUGCCACUCGUCCAGUGACUCCACCACCAGUAGCAGCUCCUCCGCAAUCACCACCACUGCCCCCACGAACAUAAGCGACGGUUAUCUGAAGCACCUCAACAAACUGUCCCACAAGAUCUCCAAACCCACCGCCAAAAGGUCCUCCUUUGACCACAGCCUCGACCACCCUCCUCCUCCGCCGCCGCAGCAGCCGCAGCCGCCGGUGUACAACAUCAGCAAGAGCGAGUUCCGGGAGGUCGUCCAGAAGCUCACCGGCUCCCCCGCCCACGACAGGCUCUCCUCGCCGCCGCCUAUCCAGCAUCCGAAGCCCCCGAGCUCCCGCCUCCAGAGAAUCCGCCCUCCGCCCCUGGCCCACCUCGGCAGCCGCCCGCCACCGCCGCUUCUCAACGGCGUUGUCCCAGAGAAGUUGCCUGCAGUGAACCCGGACACCCGUAUUGCCGCCGCUGCCGUAGGCGCAAAUCCUGGGGCGGAUGGUGGGUUCAAUCCGAUGGCACGGUUGGUAUCGCCGCCGUCGCCACUGCCACCGUUUCCAUCUGUCAACUUGCCUGCUGAAUCGCCGGUCUCCGCCUAUAUGCGGAGCCUCCAGAGGUCGGCGUUGGCCGCCGGCUCGCAACCUGACCAGUUCUCUGGAUUCUUGCCUUUAUCACCACUUGUUUCGCCAUGGUGGAGCAGCUUAGCUCCGCCACCGUCUCAGCCGCAGCCGCAGCCGCAGCCGCCACCACAGCAGAUUGUGUCAGCACAGCAGGGUAUCCUACCUCCUCCGUCCAUGUCGCCUCAGCAGCCGCUGUUUCAGCUUCCGUCGUCACCCCUGCCUUUCGGGUGCUUAAACUCGCCGCGGUCGCCGCACCCCCUACUUUCGCCAGGCCUGCUGUUUUCGCCUAUGUCGGGACAAUUGGGGUGUCCUCAGUUCCCGCUCUCGCCAGCGCCGGUGCAGAGCCCCAAACACAGAGGGCUUUGAUUGAGAGGUAUAUUUUUUUGCUGGUCCUUCAGAAUGUUGCAGAACCGUAAGGAAAUUAGCGAAAUGCAAAGCCUCAGGAACUCAGUGUUUAUAUCCAUCUGCGUAUUGUGCUCUUGGUCUAAAUUGCCGCCACAAAUUCACGUAAAACCAUUUAUGCUAUGAAGCUCCUGGCUUUGCCAGCACCCAACAAUGCAGUGCUCAAUCGCAGGCGCCAGUUCAGUGUAAUGUCUCUUGUCAUAAAACUCGAAUCUCUUUGCAUCAUCUCAAUUCCUUGAACUUCAAGUAUGAAAUUAUAUCUUCUUUGCUGAGUGUUGUUCUGUAAUGAAAGUGUUCUUUCACCUUU